CACAGAGGGGAGAAACAAACCUAGCCGAAAUGGAUGUUGCUACUUCUUUACAGUGUUUUGAAAGGAGUCUGAGCUCAUAUACAGGAGACGACCCACUGGAUCCAUGGGACAAGUUUGUGGAUUACCUGGAGAAAACAUUACCUGCAGAGGGUGACAGCGGGAUGUCACUGGUGUUUGACACGCUUGUAGAGAGAUUUUUGAAUGUUGAGCGAUACGCAAAUGACAUCAGAUAUGUGAACUACUGCAUCAAAUGUGCGAGUUAUUAUUCCGACCCCACUGCACUGUACAGUCACAUCUACAGUAAGGGCAUCGGGACCAGGACCGCUGCCCUCUAUGUGGUCUGGGCACAGCAGUUUGAACAGAGGGCUAUGAAUGACCAGGCUGAUGCAGUGUACCAGAAAGCAAUAGAGAACCGAGCCCAGCCAGCCGACACUGUUCUCAAUGAAUACAGGCUGUUUCAGACAAGAACCAGCAGCAAGACAUCAGUAUCAGGAAGUCGCACCCCUUGGCAAAACUCCGAUUUGACCAAUCAGAUGUCAUCCCACAGAGAGCCGCUUGCUCAAAACAAGGCCUCUGUGGAUUUUCUAUCCAAACCACCCACACGUAAAACUGUCAUAACAGUCUCUCGCUCUGAGACUUCAGGGACGAUUCCCUCGAGUCAAGGCUCCAGCGUUCAGACGGUGUCCGAGUACAUGACCGAAGCACUCGUUUGUGAAGGAUCUGAAUUAUGCUUUGAGGAGGUCCGAGCGGAAAGAUACUUCUUCAAGCUUCAGAAGAAGCAGGAAAAAAAGCAGAGAGAAACCACGGAGAAGAAGCUGAGGGAGCAGGAGGAGGGCAUCCUGAGCAUUAAAUGUAUGUUGGAGGAAGUAAACCGGGAUCUGGACGCCUGUGGCGGUUUGACCAGCCAGCCGCCGUCGCAGAGGCCGUCUGUAGUGGAAACAUCCACCGGUCUGAACCCAAAUCCUACCCAGCAGUCCUUUGGGUGUCCUCGACCAUCAAACCAUCUAAGCAGCAGGUGCUCUCUUGGCUUGAGAUUACACAACGAGCCGACCUUCUUCCACGAGGCUGCAGCUUUCCCCGAACCUCCUCAACAGCAGAACAACACCAGGACUGCUGACACAAAUGCUCCGAGCUCAGCAGCGUCCCUUCAUCCCUCUGUCCUGACUGACAGGCGCAUUCACUUACCAAACCCUGCACCGACUUCGCUGUCCACAGACCAAGCGUCGGUCGUCCAGACCUCGAUGGCCCCGCCUCAGACAGCUCAGCAGCCUGCACCCUUCGAGCAGAUGAACCAGUCGCUCCACAGACCCGCCGGCACCUCUGCUGUGAACACUGAGGUUUCCUGCCAGGACGAUCAAGUUCAUCCCGGCAGCGCAGAGGACGGUCAACCCCCGGAGCACCACACCACACAUCAGCAUGUUGAUUACCCUCCAGAGCCUGAGGAGAAACUCAACAUGUCACAGGGAGGCACAGGUAACCUGUCUCACAUCACUCCCAACAAUUCACUGGGCUUUGUUCAGGCCACACCGUCCAGGGUGCUGCCAUCACCUACUGUCAACACACGAGAAGCACUGGAUGUGAUAAUGGACAUGUUCCAGGCCCCGACUCUCAUAGAGGACCCGUUCAACAACACAUCGGUGCUCCACACUGCUGAGAAGGAGGCUGAGCCCGGCCACCCGAGAAACGGAGGCGUCUCCUCUUUGACGAAGCCCCCGCCCACAGCCCAGUUCACCAUCUUCCAGGAUGACGGUGACAAAGAAAACGUCAGAGUCGCUGCUCCCUCAGCCGUUAAGAAGUCUAAACCAACCAGAGCUCUGUCUGAAAUCCAGGUGUCCAACAAGCCUAAUGAGACUCCUCUGGAUCUGAUGCCGGAUGAGAGCACCAUGUGGGGAGCUCGCUACAACUCCCUGGGCUCGCUGGCUGCUUGUCCCAACAGCACCACAGACUUCGCCAUGUUGGCUCAGUUUUUCUCCACUCCGUUCACACACAAAACUCCUUCCGGCAGCAUAUUUUGCCAGGACAAAGAGAACAACUGUGAUGGCGGUGACGCUGAUGACCAUUUUUUUAUCAGGAAUCACCCGACAUAUCUCAGCCCCAUCAUGGAGCAGAGUUCGUCUGAUGAGAAGCUCUCGGAAACGGCCGCCAGUCAUCUCGUGCCUUCCUCCGAGAGACACGGCGCCAUCGACGGCGAGGGGCCCGCCACAGCCCAGCUCUGCCUGACCGCCUCCUCCAUCACCAUGCUGCAGCCUCCCGCUCCUGCUGUGCUCUCCUUCAGAGACCGGACUAUCUGUCCCACCAACUCCUCCAUCCCCAGGACCACAGCACGCAGCUGGAAAGUGUACGUCAGCCCAGACAAGCCCCCCGAGCCAGCUUCUCUGACCUCAGAGGAGCCUGAGGGUUCAGUCAGACCCAAAAGGGAAGAUUUCACAAUCAUGGAAGAUUUCGACAGCCCUGCCAGCCCAGAACGAGCCCAGAAACAAGUCCAUGAUGUCCCCAUGAGCCCAGAAUGUGCUCUUAAACCGGACUGGCUGGCCAUCAGAAGCCCUGAGGCCCCAGUCGAGCCAGACCUGGAUGCCUUCCUGAGUCCCCGUCUGCUCAAGAAAGGGGAGGCCGUCCCCAACAAGAGCCUGGACAUCCCCAUGAGUCCGGAACAGCCCCAGCUCUGCGCCGACGUGCCCAUGAGCCCGGUGCAGCUGCGUCACUUCAGCACUGCGGAUGAACCCAUGAUGAGUCCAGACCGAGGGCUCGGGCCGAGCCCGGACGUGUCCAUGAACGCAACACCAGCCAAGGCAGCCGCGCUCCAGCUGGUGUCAGAUCCCUGGGAUGAUGAACUGAUCUCGAAUCUGCUGUCAGCGCUCACGCCACCUCUCACUUCUCACCCGCACUGCAUCACCUGGCAGUGCAACAUGCCCAACAUCAACCCGAAGAUGACCAUCAGCAUGGGAAAAGCAUCCCUGCGAGUCGACUGUAUCCUCGGAAAAGGCGCCUUUGCGACGGUCUUCCAGGCUACUGACCCCACGACCUCGGAGAGGAUGGUGUUAAAGGUUCAGAGGCCAGCCAACGUCUGGGAGUUUUACAUCAACACUCAGCUGGACGCUCGGCUGCAGCCCGGCGUCCGUCACCUUUACAGCAGCAUUCGCUCCGCCCACCUCUUCCACAACGGAAGCGUGCUGGUAGGCGAGCUCCACAACUACGGCACUCUGCUGAACGCAGUGAACAUCUUUAAAACCCUGAGCGACAAAGUGAUGCCGCAGCCUCUCGUCAUGUACUUCACCAUCUGCAUCCUGAGCAUGGUGGAGCAGCUGCACAGCAUCCGAGUCAUCCACGCCGACGUCAAACCUGACAACUUCCUGCUAGGAGAGCGGUUCUUGGAGAACAAGUGCUUCGAGGCGGAGAACGUGGACCACGGCCUCGUCCUCAUCGACCUCGGACAGAGCAUCGACAUGGAGCUUUUCCCAGAAGGCACUGCCUUCACCUCCAAGUGCUUGACGUCGGGCUUCCAGUGUACCGAGAUGCUCAGUGGGAAACCCUGGAACUAUCAGACGGAUUACUUUGGAAUAGCAGGGACUGUCUACUGCAUGCUGUUUGGGACGUACAUGCAAGUCACGAAUGAAGGCGGCGUGUGGAGGACAAACGGUGCAUUUAGAAGAAACCCCCACAGCGACUUGUGGCAGGAGUUCUUCCACACCCUGCUGAACGUGCCGGACUGCGGCUCUCCGCCGAGCCUCCGGAGCCUCCGCAGCCUCCGCUGCAAGCUGGCGUCCGUCCUGCAGCAGAACUACAGCAGCAAACUGCCCACGCUGAAGAGCCGCCUGGUGGUUCUGCUGCUGGAGAGCCACAAGGCGGCCCGGAGAUGACGGCGCUCCUUUCUGUUGCGCCGCAGCUCGUUUUAAAAACGUCACUGGAGGACGUACUGAUCAGAAUUUGUACUUAUAAAAAAUGUAAAUUUGUUGUUGCUUUUCUAGUUUCUAAUAAAAUUUGUGUUGAGCCU